AUGAGGAAGGCGACGCUGCCAUGGCUACUGGGCUUCAUGAAACUUACCUUAGCUGCGAUACUAUUCUUUGGGUCAUCGAAAAGCUCAGAUGUAGAUUUCUUCGACAUCGUGGACCAAACGACGGCAGAAUAUUUGACGGCUGAAAGGCGAGGGAGAAAUCUUGGUCGAAGCGGUGGUAGUUCAGCGGCAGUUAUUUCCCCGCCGAGGAAUAACAAGUACCUGGAAGCAUCCAUGCAGAUUAUUAAAGGUAAGAUGGUGCGUUUAUUGCGCGUUUAUUUGAUGCACAUCAAACCUUUAAAAAAUUAACACAGUGCUUAUAAUCUAAGGCAAAAAUUGGGAGCUCAUACAAUGAAGACGGCAACGAGAAUAAUUAACAAAAUCAAUUCUUCGUCGUUUAUAAAUUCAUCGGGUACACUCCGACCAGUUCAAUUUGUCAAACGGGGCGACUGCCCUUUCGGGCGCAGCCUGCCCGUAUUAGGCCGUUAUAGGGAGUAUCCCCCCCCCCCGGCCCCGAUGAAAACGUAGCAUUAGGGAAAUUUACGCAGUAGUUCUGCAGACAAAAACGAAAUCAAUGUAUUGACUAAGAAAAGGAGAGAAACUGUGCUGGAUGUGAAACGUUGUUUUGGUCGUUAAACGUGCCUAUUUUUUGCGUUAUUGUUGUGGUUAUAAGCCGCAAUACAACUGGCAAAUGAAACUUGACAAAUUUGUUCAUAGGAAAUAGUUUAAACACAAAGUUUUUACCACGCUUGUAUGAUCAGAGAAAAGCUUAAUUUCUUUUCCUUAUCAGGAAUGAAUGAAGCCAAGCGAGAAUCCAGGCGUUUAUCUAGUAGAGGAAGAAGGAAAUUGAAGCAGUCUAUUCGAAAUGCUAUCAAGGACAGUGAAAUCCCAAAGGCACUAAACUUAGUUGGACAUCUAGUAAGUAUUGUAGAGAGUUCCAAUAAACAAAACUAUUGAGUUUGCUAACAUUUAGGCUUUCCUAAGUCAGUCGAAUGGGCAACUAGGGGAUAGCCUUGAAGUGUUUUAAACUUUGAGCUGAAAAAUGGAGUUGUUCUCAGUUACGUCACAAACAAUUAUAUCCGAUGAAAGUCACUGUAACCAUAGUAACUUAACUGAUAAUAGUCCCUGCCUCGUCCUCAAGCGUCCCUCUUUGAAAUUAAUGGGCGAUACAUUUUUUCCUUCCCGUUUGCUGUCGCGAGUUGAGGAUCACCUUUUGGCCGUGUUAGGGUAAAUGAUCGAAAAUGAAAACCGCUUUGCCUUCUGGACAUGGUGUUACUUGAUGCUGAUCUAUAAAUAAAGACGAAGAUAAAUGACCUUUUUUUUUCCUUUAAUGCUUUUUACAGUUCCGUCCGGAGUGCCACUGUCCUAAGAGUCAAGCCCCUUGCGGACGUUUACCAAAGCACUGCAAAAAGACACCAUCCGAACACGAAAACGUGUUCAAACAGCUUCGCAAAAUUCUGGGCGAUGACCUCGACACCCUACUGGGGCGCGAUGGCAAUGUGUCGCUGAUCUUUGUGAUUGACAUCACUGGUAGUAUGGGAGAUGAGAUCGAAGCGGCUAAAAGGAUUGUUAAGGCCAUUGCAGCUCAUCCAAGGAAAGCCCCUGUUCAGUAUAUUCUGUCACCAUACGGAGACCCACGUAAGUCCCAAUAGUGACCAAUAACAAUUUUCUUCUAACAAAAUCCAUACAUUGUCAAGAGAUAAAGUUAUGAGAAUUAAUAAAAUGAUCAUCAACGAGAAAAUGCCAGGAUAUUUUAUCAAAUUCUCGCAAUUAAUUCUUAAAGGAAAUGUAUAUCAGUUUGGAGAAUUUGCAUGUGGAUAUUGGGGCUUAAAAGGUUAAGAGCGUCGGUGGAAUGGCUAAGGCAAUGCGCACUCUGCGAUUGGACGGGAGGAGUUCCAUAAUAUGUACUUAUUGACUUAGUGAGAGGGAUGGACGGAAAAAUAUUUGGCUCGAGGUCAGAACGGACGGACCGAGCGCAUAAAAUGGAUAUUAACUCAGUCGAUAUGCAUUUUACCAUAUGACCGUUGUGUUUUUGAGUUUUCAUGACGGAGCGAAAACGCGUUCACGGCAGCAUUUCCUCGUUUCUUUCGCAUUUUUUUAGCAGGGCCGUACGCGUCUAUCUGGCCUAUAACUUGACGCUUACGGCCCCCAUAUGGGACUUUUUUUCCACAUGGUUUUCCAACGAAAUUGCGCGCCGUAUGGGUCAUAUGAUAAAUGUAAUCCCCCUACGCUACGCGAAAGAACUGCACGCAUUAUGAUUGGUCAGAACGCGCGCGUUUAUGGAGAUAUAAAAGAUCGCAGCCUUCAUCAUAACAAUGAGCAAGAACUUUUUACUAAUUAUUUUAACAAUAACCUCUCGCGUGUCUCCCUCGCGCGCGCCCGUUCUCUCUUUCGCCCACUACUUCCAAGCGCCUGCUACGUAGGCUAUUUUAACAAUGCUGGCUCCAACAAGAGGAACCAGUGUUGUUGGGUCAUAACGAUUCGAAUAUGUUAUCGUAGUUUUAAAAAAACGGAGAAAAAAAAUACCCAGAUAUGUGUGGACUCGGGACAGGGCCUAUAUCUAAUCAAUCAAUCAAUCAAUAGGGAGUUUAAGCAAAGACCUUUUUGAGCGACGCACGUCAAAUCGGAGUGGACUUUUUGCAAAAUUCGGCAGUGGUUUCGCCUAAAUUUUUGGGCAAGUCGAAGACACUAAGCAUUAUGAAUUUGGCAGCGUCAAGGUAUAUUAAAGAGGAAAACGCCUCACAUCCGGUUGGCGUGAGUCAGUCAAAAACGCCUUUGCUUCAACUCACAUACAAGAACCAUAAUAUUAUGGCUCUUGUGACAAAAAGAAUAAAAAAUGUUAACAAAAAAAUUUUUCUUAUUUUCACAGUUUGGGGAAACACCAUGAGUUUCUCAGACGAGUCUUCAUUUGUAUCAGCUCUCGACCGGCUGACGGCUUUCGGCGGCAACGAUUGCCCUGAACUGGCAUUCAACGGAAUAAUAGAUGCUAUUGAAAUCGGAAAACCCGCGAUUACUUCGCCUAUGUUUGUGUUAACCGACGCAGGAGUGAAACCUGGAGAGGGACCCAAAUACACGCUUGACAACGCCCUUGGUGUAGUCAUGAACAACCGGAUUCCCGUGAAUUUUUUCUACAGUACCGAGUCGGGUUCAUGUGGGACUUUCCAACGACAUGAAGCGUUCGUAGAGUUUGUGGACGCGACAAAAGGUUUCGCAAUGCAGUUUAAUUCCUCGGGCGAGAUAAUGAAGAUGAGCGAAGCGAUGGCAUUGGCUCUUGAUGGUACGACGACGAUCCUUGAAGGACGCUCGACUACAAGCCGAGGUCGUACUUUGCGUUCGGCAAGGGACAAAACUUACACAAUACCGGUAGACGAUACCAUCGAAACGCUUCUUGUUACUUAUAUCGCCUCAAAUGAUCCCCAUCGUGUGGAACUCCGAAAUCCCGCUCGCUUGCCCCAGCCACGGACAGAAAAUCUCGCUCAGGGAGGGGUUUGGAUUAUCAAGAGACCAACGCACGGCAUUUGGUCGCUCGUCUUCCCAGCUAACACAGGAACACACACUGUCAAGGUUCAAUCGACCAGCGCCUUUAACUUGGACUUUGAUUACCUAUUCUUUGAUGGACAGGAACUGGGAGGAGAAUGGCACGACUAUGUAGCGCAAUACCCUUUACUUGGUAAGAUCACUGUUGCGUUGCGUUUGAUUGAGGCUAAUCUGAAAGAUAUAUACCUGAAUUAUCCCGAAAGAAGGAAACAAACAAACAAAAACAAAGACAUAAUAGGAAUUAGCUUGCGAGCAAGCCCUUCAUCUGGGGGUUUCGCGAGACGUCGCGCUAUAGUGCCGCAGGCGGAAGGAGACGCGUAGAUUUUUAGAUACAAGCAAUAUUUUGUAUACAGUAGGUUUAGAAAUGCUAGUGAUAUUUAUUUUACCAUAAAUACUGUAAGGCUACCGUAGAACUUGCUCUAAACAGAGACAAAUUUGUUUUUCGUUUGCUUUUGUUUCCAGGUAGUGACGCAAAGGUAAAGCUUCUAAUCCCUUCGAGAAACCGCCUCAAUCUCGGUUCCUUGAGAGUGACUCUCAUUGACAAAUGGGGACGUGAGCUGCCUGACAGUGUCGAACUGGCCACACCCAGUCUGGAGGGCACCUUCAACCCACCUUUGGAACCCUUUAAGCUCAAGCUUUCUGGGAGAACAGCCAUGGGACAAUCAUUCCAGAGAAUAUCGCCCAGAUUGGUCACCGCCAAGAACCUUAGGCUUCGCCAGCAGGGCAGAAAGGGGUACAGUCUGUUGACAUGCGGAAGGACGCUUCGUCUUUAUUUUGUUAUCGACUACAACUGCGUGGAUUGCCGCGACGGAGAAAAAGGCGCGUUCGAUAUAUCUGUGAACUCCUCACUGAUUACAAAGACGCCCACCGGUGCUUCAACCACGGCCAUCUCAGCGACGUAUAACCCUGUUGUUUUUGCAAUGAGUAGUUCCAAAGCUUUUGUAACAGUGAGGCUCUACACACCUUCAGAUGUGACCGGAAUUCUCAACAAAAUGGAAACCAUUCAAGUUACUGCGAGAAUGAGAAGGCGUACUCCAACUCCCGCUGACGUGACGUCAUUCGUUGACAGUUACAAGGUCACGUGUUCGCCUUGA